AUGGUCCUCAUGGCCGCCGUCGAGAACGACCGCCGCCGCGGCGCCAAGGUCACCUCUGCGCAGUCGAAUCCCAUGGGUCCCGCGCCGCGGCCGUCGUCCUCGUCCCGCGCGCGGCUCCACGAUUUCUCCUUCCCCACCCUCAGCUGGGGCACGCACCGCGUGCUCCGCUGCUCCAAGAACGGCCCCGCCUCGUCGCCCGCUCCCUCGUCUCCGGAGACCCCGUCCCCGGACAAGGAGGAGAAGGCCCACCGCCCCGAGGGCGGCGGCGGCUCGCUGCUGCAGCGCCAGCGCGCCGCUCAGCCGCCGUGGAACCUUCGGACCCGCCGCUCGGCCACCGCCACCCCGACGCGCCAGGCUGGAUCGGACGAAGCGGACGAGGCGGCUCAGGCCGCGGAGCGCGCGCCAGAGCCGACGGCGGAGGCGAAGAAGCGGGCGUUCUCCAUCGCGCUGUCCAAGCAGGAGAUCGCGGAGGACUUCGCGGCGAUUCGUGGGACACGGCCCCCGCGCCGGCCCAAGAAGCACCCGCGCACGGUGCAGCGGCAGCUCGACUUGCUGUACCCGGGAUUGUGCCUAGCAGAUGUGGCGCCCGGCUCCUACAAGAUUGAAGAGAGGUGA